CUGACUGCCGCCCCCACCCCCUCCCCCGACCAAAACCCAAGCAAACCCUAGAUCCGCCGCGGCCCCCUCCAACUCCGGCGACGCCCUCCACCCGGCAGACGGAGAAGAUGCCGAACCUCGAGUGCCGGAUGUACGAGCCGCGGUUCCCGGAGGUGGACGCCGCGGUGAUGAUCCAGGUCAAGCACAUCGCCGACAUGGGCGCCUACGUCUCCCUCCUCGAGUACAACAACGUGGAGGGCAUGAUCCUCUUCUCCGAGCUCUCCCGCCGCCGCAUCCGCUCCAUCUCCUCGCUCAUCAAGGUCGGCCGCCAGGAGCCCGCCAUCGUGCUCCGUGUCGACCGCGACAAGGGAUACAUCGACCUCUCCAAGCGCCGGGUCUCCGAGGAGGAGGCGCGGUCCUGCGAGGACAAGUACAACAAGUCCAAGCUCGUGCACUCCAUCAUGCGCCACGUUGCCGAGACCCUCGAGAUCGACCUCGAGCCCAUCUACCAGCGCAUCGGCUGGCCGCUAUACCGCAAGUACGGCCACGCAUUCGAGGCCUUCAAGCUCAUAGUUGCUGACCCCGACGCCAUCCUCGAUGUGCUCACCUACGAGGAGAGGGAGACCGGCCCUGACGGACAAGAGGUGACUAAGGUGGUGCCUGCUGUCACCCCUGAGAUUAAGGAGACCCUGGUCCAGAAUAUACGGAGGAGGAUGACACCGCAGCCACUCAAGAUCCGUGCUGACGUCGAGAUGAAAUGUUUCCAAUUUGAUGGGGUGCUCCAUAUUAAGCAAGCCAUGAGGAAAGCUGAAGCUGCUGGGAACACUAAUUGUCCUGUGAAGAUUAAGCUGGUUGCUCCUCCACUUUAUGUUCUGACUACACAAACUCUCGACAAGGACCAAGGCAUCUCAGUUCUCACUGAUGCAGUUAAAGCAUGCACAGCAGAGAUUGAAAAACACAAGGGAAAGUUGGUAGUGAAAGAAGCACCUAGAGCUGUGAGUGAGAGGGAAGAUAAGCUAUUGAACGCCCAGUUGGAUACCCUGGUUGAGCAAAAUGCGGAGGUUGCUGGUGAUGAUGACAGUGAAGAUGAGGAAGAUACAGGAAUGGGCGAUAUCGAUCUCACAAAUUCUGGCGUCCAUGCGGACUGAGUCUACAUUAGUCGAUUUGGAUGAGAUUCGUUGUAUAGCAUCAGCCAAGAUCCUAGAUCAUCCUAUUUAAAAGCUCUUUGAAUUUGCUGGUAGUGUCAUCUUAGAUGUUCAUCGGCCAGUGCUGGGCUUUACUUUGAUUGAGAAGCACCUGUUUUUUUUUCUCUCUCUUUGGAGUGAAAUAUAGUUUUGUUGUUAAACAAGUGUUUUUGAUGCUUAGUCUUGGCAUGCAAAAUGUUAUCAACAGGUGUUUUUCUUUCCAGUUUUGCUGGUUGUUCUUUGUACACAUGCGAAAUGUUACUCCGCCCCAAUCCUUUGUGUUUGUUAUUGCUGGUUAUUAUUUUCA